CCAGCUGCAGGAUGGGGACUGCAGCAGUGUCUCCUGCACCCAGAGUGUGUUGCUGUGUUUCAGGGCUCACCACUGCAGGCUGAAGCAAUCAAAAAGAGGCUGAAAUCCUAGAGACGGACAACUUGAAAAAGCAGAGCUCUUCGCUACUGUAGAUGGGGCACUGGAUAUGCUGUCUUUGGUCCAGAGUUGCAGAUCCAUUGAUGCUGCUCCUGGUUUUGGCUCUGAGCUGUAACCCCUCCACAGCAGCAACAGCUUCUCCGUCUGUGCCCCACGUCAAACCCAGCUACAGCUUUGGCCGGACGUUCCUGGGACUUGAUAAAUGCAACGCCUGCAUUGGGACAUCCAUAUGCAAGAAGUUCUUUAAAGAGGAAAUAAGGUUUGACACCUGGCUUUCUUCUCAUUUAAAGCUGCCCCCCAGCUCCCUGCUCAGYUACUCGGGCAACUACACGGACGAUGCCAAGAGCUGGCGGCUGGUGGACAUCACCCGGCUGACCUCCAAGUACCAGCACGACCGGGCCGACAAGCGCAUCUGCACCUCGCUGCUCAAGACCAAGACGUGCAGCCUGGAGCGCGCCCUGCGCCGCACCCAGCGCUUCCAGAAGUGGCUGCGGGCCAAGCGCCUCACCCCCGACCUGGUCCAGGGCCUGUCCAGCCCGAUGCUGCGCUGCCCAUCCCAGCGCCUCCUGGACAGGAUCGUGCGGCGCUACGCGGAGGUGCCGGAUGCCGGCAGCAUCUACAUGGAUCACCUGACGGACCGGGACAAGCUGCGCCUGCUCUACACCCUGGCAGUGAACUCACACCCCAUCCUGCUGCAGAUCUUCCCUGAUGUGGAGGGCUGGCCCUUCCCGCGCUACCUGGGCUCCUGUGGGCGCCUGGUGGUCAGCGCCAGCACCCGGCCCCUGCGCGACUUCUACGGCGCGGCGCCCGAGGUGGCCGCGGACCUGGCCCUGCAGCUGCUGGCCGUGCUGCGCUCCAUGGGCUCCAACGACCUCAACUACUUCUUCUACUUCACCCACGUGGACGCUGGCACCUUCGGCGUGUUCAGCAACGGGCAUCUGUUCAUCCGGGAUGCCAGCACGCUGGGCAUCAUCGACAAGGAGGAAGGGAGCCAGCUGAUCGAUGGCCAGCAGGAGUAUAAGGACAUAUUCAGCUGCCUGACCGUGGACUGCCAGUCUGCGUUUGUGUCCUGUGACUCCAUCAGCGAGAAGCACAGCCUGGUCAUGGUGUGCCAAGAGCUUCUGCCGCAGCUCCUGGUGGGGAAAUUCCCACCCCCUGUGCAGGAGAAGAUCGAUGCCUUCCUGCAGCGCUGUGCCCACGGGCUGGGYGAGGAGAGCGGGGUCAGCGAGGCCAUGGCGGAGCUGGCGGCCAUCCUGAGACCUCUGCGCUCCUGCGACUCCCGCUUYGCCUACCGCUACCCCGACUGCAGAUACAGCGACAAAUACUGACACAGCAGCCCUGGCAAGGACUGGGCCAGGGUCACCCCCCUCCCACUGCGGGAAGGGAGAAGGAACCAACUGGAAAGAGCUGCCCCAAAUCCGGAGYGUUCUCGGUGUAGGAGGAGGGAGCAGAGUGCACAUGGGAUUUAUUAUUCAUCUCCCAGAGAUGCAUUUGUUAGAUGGGAUAUAGACAUGAUGUAGGGUUUAUGGAUUAUUAGCACUGUCAUGAGUGACAAGGGGCCGUAGGGUUAAUAAAUCUCACUCAUGUUUUGGCCUUGGAAGAGUUUCCCAUGCUGUUUGAUGAAAAGCAAGACAGGAUGCUCACAACCAGCUAGAUAAAGGAUCCUUACUGCCAAGAAAAGCCUUUCUGAUGGGMAUGAUGUAUACAGAAUGUGGGAUGGAUGGAUGGAAGCAUUUAAGACUCUCCCUGUGGCUAUUUUUAAGGUGCUAAAAAUCAUAGAUAAACUGAACCGAAUCAGUUCUGUACCAGCACCCAUCACUUUUAUAAAAUAUUUAAAUUUUAUUACUUUUAUGGCACACAGAACAGAAAGACACUAUCAACAGCAUUAAAAAGCUGAAAGGUUCYAUGUCUCUUGAAACUUAAUUUCUCUAAUCUCCAGAUAUAAUUGUUUCUAGUCUUUCCCAAGUCARUGGACACUAACACAGGGGUUUGGUUUAAGAUAAGAAAAAACCCCAGCUCUGGGACAGGAUUUUUCAGCAGAUAUUUUCACAUUUUCUCUAUGAAGUGGAGUAACCAUWUUCACAAAAUCAUUCAGAUGGGAAAAUUACCUUAAGAGGAGAAGGCAGAGGAUGAGACAUUAAUUUACACAGACCCUGACUAGACCUGUUGAACACUCAGUACUCCAGUGUAGAUGCUGGGGCACCCCUCAAAAGCUGGGGAGAUCUGAGYUCUGGCCACAGGUACAGCCAUCCUCAUCCAUUUUUC